UUGUAUUAUACGUUUGUGUUAACGGAGAAGAAACUAAUAAUGACGAGAACUCGGAAUAGGCACAUAAUAAUUCUCAGAGGGCUGCCCGGAACUCAGAAGUCAAAACGAGCAAGGCAGAUCCAGGAGAAAUAUUCAGGUUCUGGAAAGAUCUUCAGCACAGAUGACUACUUUAAGGAGAACAAAGUGGAUUUCGACCCGGGCUUGCUGCACCGUGCUCACAUUUGGAACCGCAAAAGGGCUUUUGAAGCCAUCCGGGAGAAAGAACGUCUGAUUAUCAUUGACAACACCAAUGUGACUAAAUGGGAUAUGUGGCCUUACGUCAGAAUGGCAUUUCGCCGUGGCUACUGGAUCAGGUUUGAGGAGCUCCCGGAAAAACCAAUCGAAUACUUGUACAGAAUAUGUAAGGGCCUGAUCCCAAUGCAGUCUCUAAUGGGGAUGAGGGAGAAAUAUCAGCAUGUGAGGAAUAUUUGGGACGUCCUCUAUAACCGGGAUUCCAAACGGCGUUGGAUGUCCACAACAGAAUGGCAGGAGAACCGCUGGUGAUGAACCCAAAGAGCACGCUAAGAUCAUACAGGUGAAGGAUUGGUAGCUUAGAUUAAAAAAAACACACGUUUAAUGUAAAACAUCAUGUAAUCUAGAAUGCAAGAUAACCUAUUUUGCUCUUUGAGUGUA